GCACAGGGCACUCAACUCUCUUCACACUCUCACAGGCCUAACUGUGAUAAAUCCGCCCUCGCAGCGUGUAGAGCUGCUGUAGUGGGGCUGUGCAGGACUUUGUGCUUCUCUCCAGCCCUCUGCUCUCCUAUCACUGCUAUGGUCGUCCACAUACGCGGUUGCAAUUUCAGCACCGCAGACAGCUCUCUCUCCAGCUCCAACCUCAGCACCGUCGCCGGCGGGCUGAGCCGGACCGGCCACACGGUGGUGGCGGUAUGCCUCGGCUUCAUUUUAGUUGCGGGAAUCUUUAACAACUUCCUCACUCUUUUCAUCUUCGCAAAGUUUCGCUCGCUCUGGACGCCCAUCAAUGUCAUCCUGUUUAACAUCAGUCUGAGCGACGUCCUCGUGUGCGUUUUCGGCACACCAUUCAGUUUCGCUGCGAGUCUGCACGGGAGAUGGCUCAUUGGAGAGUGCGGCUGUAAGUGGUACGGGUUCGCCAAUUCCCUCUUUGGGAUUGUGUCCCUGGUUUCGUUGUCUGUUCUCUCCUAUGAGCGCUACACCGCUGUGCUGCGUUCCUCCCUGGUCAACAUGUCAAACUUCAGGAAGGCCUGGCUCUGUGUCGGAGGCUCCUGGCUCUACUCUCUCUUCUGGACCUUGCCGCCCAUCCUGGGUUGGGGCAGCUAUGGGCCCGAGGGACCCGGUACCACAUGCUCCGUCCAGUGGCACCUCCGUUCACCCACCAGCGUCUCCUACGUGUUGUGUCUCUUCAUCUUCUGUCUGCUGCUGCCUCUUCUACUCAUGGUCUACUCAUACGGCCGGAUCCUGAUGGCAAUCAGGAGGGUAAGUAAAAUCAAUUUGCUGGCAGCUCAGCGCAGAGAGCAGCACAUUUUGGCGAUGGUGUUGUCCAUGGUGUCCUGCUACAUGCUGUGCUGGAUGCCCUACGGCAUCAUGGCACUGAUGGCCACCUUCGGUAGGUCGGGACUGGUCACUCCUAUGGCUAGCGUGGUGCCCUCUGUCCUGGCCAAGUUCAGCACUGUCGUCAACCCGGUCGUCUACAUGUUCUUCAACAACCAGUCUUUUGUACUUUUACAGUUUUAUAGAUGCUUCGUGGCCUUCAUGAAGUGCAGUGGGGAACCCCGGUCUGUUCAAGAAGAGCAGCACGCAACUCCAAGGACACGGUUCUCUGGUUUCUUCCCCGUCCACAGACAAGCCUCCCUCAGCUCUUCACAGCAUCAGAUCCUCAGCGGCUCCAGAAGCACUGCCCUCUGCAGCAGGCACAAUGAGUGCCACACUCUUGUUGUCCACUACAAUCCGUAAAAGAGUCAUUAUUAUGUCUAGAAUCCUAAGUGCAACUAAAAGACACAAAUUUCCCAACACCCUGCUAUUGAUUUUACAUACGAAUAUAUAUUUCACUGUCAACUCGUAAACAUUUGAAUGUAAACCCAGUGCCAUAGUUCAGUCUCUGCUUUGAUGCAUGUUUAAUACAUGCAAGUGCCAAUGUACAUGUUUUGAAUGUAUGCUCUGAAAAUACGUGAAUGUGUUUGAUGCAGGUUUGACCAAGUUAAAGCAGUCCAUAGCUCUCUGACAGACAUCCAGAUGCAACGGAUGUCUUUUACCUUUUAUGUUAAAUAAUAUCCACCCCUACUUAUCAGUUUACAAGAAACCAAAACCAUCUAUAGGUGUUUUGGAUUUUGAAGUAUC